AUCUAUAUAAAAAAACGUUUUCAAACACACAUUUAAUUUUUUUUUAAAUAUUAAUUUAUAAACAAACAAACCUUUAAAGCUUGAUAUAUAAGAAAAUAUGUCUGUUAUAGUAAAAAAUACCGAAGAUCUUGAGGACCUUGAUGAAAGUGAACUUGAAGAGUUGUAUACUUGGGUCGAUAAAAUUCCUUUAUCUAGACCAAAACGAAAUAUAGCUCGAGAUUUUUCGGAUGGAGUUAUGAUAGCAGAGCUGGUCAAACAUUUUUUACCACACAUUGUUUCAUUACACAACUACACUCCAGCUAACUCUGUCAAAGUGAAAGUUGUCAACUGGAGACAGCUCAACAGAAAGGUAUUCUUGAAAUUAAACUUUCAGUUGACAGAGGAUCUCAUUAGAGAACUCUGUCUUUGUAAACAAGGUCUGGUGGAGAGAUUUCUUAUGCAUUUAAGGGCCAAAAUUGAAAAGGCCUCAUGGGAGAUGCACAAACAGUCAGGGGAGAGAAAUGAAGUUGCUCAACAUCAAUCAAAAACAGCCUUGAAAAUGGCCAAUCCAAAAAAUGUCAAAUACAAACACAGUGAUAAACCAGAAGCUGAUCAAAAUAUAAGCAUGUCAAAUGUCUCUUUUCAAACUCAUGAAAGAAAUGACUACACCCGAGAUGUUUCACCGCCAAGACAAAAACUACCUCCAGCUCCACUUCAAAAAGGAAAUAAUAAGAUGAAACCCUUAGACGACAUGGUUCCGAGGGCAGUGUAUGAGGAAAAGGAGCAGGAAUGCUUAGCCAAAGAGGAAACAAUCCAGAUUCUACAGGCAAAAGUACGAAGACUUGAACACCUUCUUCACCUCAAGGAUGUGCGACUGGAAGAAUUGCAAGUUCGGCUUGAAACUACAAGACCAACGGGGAAAAAUAAAAGAUGAAUGGAGCUAAUACCUUAAUCUUUUACUGCUAUUAGACCAAUGCUGUGAUAAUGUGUAGGCCUGUGAUGUAGAUAUUUUUUUUUAGCUUUAGAUUUUUUAAUCAUGACAAAAUAAUUCUUAAUAUUUCUUUUUUAUUCCACUGAUACAAAAAUCGUUUUGGUCAUUAAAAAUUUAACUGCCAUGAAAUCUUAGCAAACAGAAACUUGUUUUCUUUUUCUUAGAAAAAAAAAUAUAUUGAAUUUGUUUUUAGAUACCCUACUGAGGAGUAUUUUGUUUUAUUUUGUUAACACAACUUAUUUUUAUUUGCUCUCUUGGUCAAUAUUUUUAACUUCAUGAAAAAGUAUGUAUGACCUAUUUUAAACCUCAUUUUAAAAAACUUUUCUUUCAGAAUAAAAAAUAUUGGAUUUGAAAAUACACAAAAUAUAUCAAAAUGUGUCUGCUUACAUUGGAAUGACAAGAGUUCAAAAGUUCUAUAAUUAUCAUCAUUUAUUUAGUUAUUGUCUAAGUAAAUCAUUCUUACCUGUGUUUUGCAAAAUUUACAUAAUAGUACAAUAAUUUAAGAAAUAUUGGAUUAAGCCAAUGUACUUCAGUCUCUCUAAUUGAUCAAUUAGUUGUUGUCUUACUUAAGACAAUUUAUUGCGUUACUGCAUCUGUUGAAAACAAAAAUUAAAACCAAAAAUUUAUUUUGACCUAAAAGGUGUGAAUGUUUUGUAAACAUUGAGUGUCUUUGUUUUAAUAUCAUUGUCUUGUACUAUCAUGUUGCUGCCAAUGUUGUAGGCUUUAUUCAAGAUUAAUUUAAGUAAUUGGUAAAGGGAUUAUUGCACUUAUUCUCAAGAUAUUAUCUUGUAUAUAAUGGAACCUUUUUUUUUCCACCCUUGCUGUGCAAGCCCUAACUAAUCCAACAACAGGGCUGUGUUUAAAAUAGCAGUUGCAUAUAUAAGUUUCAAUUUGUUUAUAAUUUAUCUUGUUGCACCAAUAAAUGAUCUAAGCUGUUUUGUGGAAAGCAAUGAGAGAGCUCUACUGAAGUAAAUUCAGGCUAUAAGAAUUUAGAUAAUUAAAAUGUUGAUUCCAAUUUCAAAACAAAUUCUAAAGUGUUUGUAUAUUUGGUUUGUAUAGUUUUUUAGAAUGUAUCCUUGUAUUCAAUGUUGGUUAAUAAGAUUGAUCAAUUAGCCCAAUUUGUAUGAUAGUGUGGUCAUCUGUAUGUCUCUACAAUGCAACAAUUGUCUAUGUGUUAUAUUUGUAAAUGUUGCUGUAAUUCCAACUGAUAUUACAUUCCUAGUAAUAAAUUGUAUUUACAAAUUAUAUUUUUGAAAAUGUCUUUUGUAAGUGUGUGUGUUUACAAACCUAGUUUUAUGUCACUAUUGCUAAAAUAUGAGGCGUCUUCUUGAACUUAGAUAUUUUAGUCAGGAAAAAAAUGUAACCAUUUACCAAGAAAUUCUUGUUACGAAGUAACAGAUCUCUCAUUAAAAUGGUCUUUACAUAGGGCAGUGCUACAUUCUUAAAUAUAUAGUAGAUGGAAUGUAGAAUGUUUGUUCCAUUUCUCAUAGCUCUCCCAGAUUUGAUUUAACUACAAGUUCCCUGGCGAGAUUUUCAAGCAUAAAAGUCAUAAGUUGUGUUGUUAUGCAGUUAUCCAACAUCAACGGUAAUUAGUAUUGUUCCCCUGCAUUUUCUUCUAUAAUCUUUUUUUUUUCAUUUAUAUCAAUCUUGUAGUCUGGCAGCUUGUCACAAUAACUUAAAAUCUUAUUAUUGCUUCUGUCAAUCUACCAAUGAAUGAGGCAUACAUAUUGCAUAUAUUGUGGGAAGCGUGGUCGAGAGGCUAAGUACGCUUGAACUUGGCUCGGCUACCUAUGAAGGGGGCUCUAGGUUCUAGUGUUUACUGAGCCCUAAAGGCAGCACGGAAAAACCUUCUCCUAGAUACCCCCUCCCUCUCACUGGUCCACAACUGACAUUGGACUAAAGCGCUCUGAGCAUAUUAUAAGCAUGAAAGUAGCGCUAUAUAAAAGCCAUAAUUUAUUUUAUUUAUAUAAAGACAGCAUUCGGGACCAAUGUUUUAUGAGCGUAAAUGGCCAAUUAAAUAUAAUGUAAUAAGCAGCUCAGAAAGUUUGGUUGGUUUUUUAGAUCAGAGUGAUGUAAUGAUUGGUUCUCUUGGCACUGAAUUUGCUGUUAGGUGGAGUUGUUAUAUUGGAGGGUCACUGCCUCACUGUUUUGUGCCCUUGUCAUUAUAGUCCCUUAAUUUAUUAUAUUUAACUUUCUUUUUUUUUCUCAUUAAAAAUGUGGUUCUUAGUGCUGCCUUUAUGAAUGUUAUAUGUAUGAAUCAUUCAUUGUUUCAGCACUUAACUUCACAUUUGUAGUUAGUCUACCAAUGAUCUGGGCCAGCUCCUUUUCAACUCUUAUUUGAAACUUUGAAACACUUUCUAAUUAUUAGUUUAUAAGGGUGGCUCAUAGUUUUGUCUAUUUUAUUAACUAUCAUUUAAUUUGAUUGUAUUUGUCCAUAACAGUAUUUAAGUGAUUUGUAAUAUUCAUUUUUCAGCUCUUAUUUAAACAAACUACAUCUAAUAAUUAUCACAUUUCAUAUAUUAA